AGACAACACACCCAGUGAGAGAGUGUGAUUCAAAGCAGUUCGACACACUCCUCACACUAACACACACACACGGAGUCAGCUAUGGAUUAUAAGGAGCAGGUUGAAGAAGUUUUGUCCACAGCCAAGUUUGGAGACCUGAUAGAGUUUUCUUACCCCAUCGGGUACUCUCACUGGGGAGUGUACGACGAGGAUGGGUUUGUCAUACACUUUGCUGUUGCAGAAGAGGGGAAGUUAAUGAACAAAGUACGGACCUCCCUGCAAUCGUGGUUCCCCGUUUGUGGGGACCUCCUUCUGGGUGGGACAAAGAUCCGUAGGAUGCCUCUUGGUGAGGUGACUGUGCCAGAAGGAGCCCACGUCUUCAUUGCCAACAACGGUCACGCCUUCAGAGCAACAGCGCCUGAAGAUAUGAGGAAACGGCGGGAUGCCCUCAUUGAUAAAGAGCUUGGUUAUAAACUCACCAGCCUUAACUGUGAGCACUUUGCCACCUUUAUACGCUACGGGAAGGCUGUGUGCAACCAGAUUCCUGCUAAAUCCAAGAACGUGGAGUGUGAGGAGGCAACUACAACUUUCCAGGAAAUUGUCGACUCCAAGGAAUCAGGUGAGAAUGCAGACUCCAAGACAGCGCCGGGUAUCGUCAACUCUAAGAAAUCACAGGGAAUUGUCAACUCAGAGGAAAAGGAAGAAGUACCUCAUUACCCUUAAGGUGCAUCCAUGCAUCCCUCACAUGUGUCUCAGUCUCUUCGACCAGAGAUACACAGACAGAUGCAAGGAAACGAAAACAGGGAGAGAAAGAAUGAGGGAAUUUGUUUUAAGAGACACAAGACGUCCUUUCUACUGAAGCGACAUCGGUUUGUGAUGACAGCGUCAGGAGAUCAUCGAUGGAUCAGUCAACUGUUUGUGUCUGCACACAUGUACACUGUAUUCAUUUUAAUAAAACACACACUGUGACUUUUUUUUUUCUGUAUCCUGUUACCUUUUCAACAAACACAUAAAGAAAAAAGUGCAGUCUGUUUGCUUAGAACUAUACGGACCACUUCUACCAGCCAAUAUUAAAUAGUUAUAAAAUAUCUGCAUUAACAUUUACUGAUAAGCUGAUUUUGAACUUUGUAUUAUUUCUUGAAACACAGAAAGUUAUUAAUUAGGUUUAAAGUUUUCAGGAAUAAAA